AUGUGCGGCCAAGACGUAUAUAAACGGCAGAAUGAUGCGCAUUGCAAAAAGCAUGUGGAUUUGUUGAGCCGCACAAUUGCUGUUUAUCUCUGGCAACAAGGUGCAAUUCCAACGCGUCUUGACUUUCCUCCAUUCAUCCAUUCAUCCAUUCAUUCACCGCCCAGCAUGCGCUUCAGCGACAUCACAGACAUUGACGGCGAGGCAAUCUCCGACUUUGCCUGGAAGUGGCGCUGCAAAAUCUUUCCCGUCAAAGAGGCAGCCUUCUCCAAGAGAGCCGCCAAGAAGGGCAAAGAUGGCGUCGCAGCCGAUGGAGCUGAUGGCAACGACAAAGACCCCAAUUUCGGUGCCAGCCCCAUCAUCAAGACCCUCUACGACAAAAACACUUCAGACCUCCACUCGCGCCACGAAUGGGUCGAUUAUCCGCCCAAGCAAAUGUCCAAAUCGGCUGCUCGGGCUCAAGACCGCGUCGCCAUCAAAGUGUACAAGGUCAGAGACCACCGCAAGCCCUGCAUCUCAGGACGCGUGCCCCUCAAGUAUUUCAAGAUUGAGAUCCAGAAUCCUACGCUGGUUGCUGCGCUGGCGCCGAUUGUGAAGAAGGAAAACUGCCAUCUUGAUGUUAAUGAGGCUGCCAGCUUUGAGGAGCCCUUUCGCAGCCUUUGGUUCUGCCAGGAUGACAUCAAGGAGCUGCACAAGAAGACGGAUGCCUCUGAGCCGCUGAAGUCAUAUCUGAAGCUCUUCAUCCAAGUUCUUGACGAUCUAUUCCGCGAAAUGAUGAUCAAGAGGCGAAACAUCCAGACAAGUCGCCUAGUUGACUUUAGAACAGCCUGGACACUGUUCCCAAGAGGCUCAACCGUAUACAGCUUUGGAAUCAAUGCUGAAUUCCUCGCCAAAGUUGAAAGCACAGACUACGUCAGCUCAGCUUCGGGAAACGCACUGCAAAUUAAAGUCAAGAUUCUCAAAUUCAACGGCGAAAAGUUUGUCUGGCAAGAGCGAGUCCUCCCAAUCGGAGAAUUUGAUGGCAACAAGCCGGUUCUCGAGCUUGGACACUAUCCACUAGAUUUCCAUCAAGACGCUGAAGACAUCAAACGACGUCUGACCGUUCGCGGCCGCAAAGUGCUUGAUCUGCAAGGCCUCGAGUAUCGCUUAUACAACGGAAUCGCGCUGUAUGAUGGCCGCGGCUGCAUCGAGAAGCACAAUGUCGAGGGUCGCAUUCUCCUCGAUGCUGUUGGGUAUAACAAAUAUCACCUAACUCAAGGCAAGAGAGAAAAUGAUAAGCAGGCGCAUGUGAAUAAUGACCAGAGGAGAUGGGGUUUAUAUGACACGGACUCGAGCUCGAGUUCUGAUUCCGAUACGGACUUGCUGGACAAUGAAUCGGAGAAACGGGCUGCUGUCCGACGACUAGGAGAAAAGGAUUUUCAGAAGAAUAAGCAGUAUAUGGAGUCGCGAGCAGAGGACAUUUGCUUUAUUUCUGCAAUGCUCGGCGGAUAUGCCUUGAAGAACAAGAUGUGGAUGGAAUUUUACAUCGAAGACGUCGAACCCAUGAUCUGGAACGACACGGCGUAUUCACACCUCGUCUACGACGACCAGCAAAAAGACCUCGUCCUCUCCUUUGUCCAAAACCACAACCCCCACCCCCUCACCUCAGCCUCCAAAGCAUCUUCAUCCGCCCUGACAGUGUCAAACUCCCGUCCCACGCCCCUCGAAGACGUCAUCGUCGGCAAAGGCCAAGGUCUCAUCAUCCUCCUCUCCGGCCCCCCCGGCACCGGCAAGACCCUCACGGCAGAAGCCGUCGCCGACCGCACGCACCGGCCUCUCUUCUACCUCCAGGCAGAGGACCUCGGCAUCAGCGCCUCAGAUCUCGGCGCCAACAUCAAGCGGGUGUUUGAAAUGGCCACGGACUGGAACGCCGUGAUCCUGCUGGACGAGGCGGACGUCUUCAUGGCCGAGCGCAAUCCCAACGACAUUCGCCGCAACGAGCUGGUCAGCAUCUUUCUGCGAGAGCUGGAAUACUUUCGUGGCAUCAUCUUCCUCACUACGAAUCUCUAUCACACCAUCGAUGCAGCUUUCCGUAGUAGAGUCAGCUUGCAUCUUCUCUUCCAGUCGCUUAGCAGGGACGCGCGCGAGACUGUCUGGCGUAAAUUCCUGCAGCGAAUACCAGAAUUGAAAACCCUUGGUCUGACGCAAGAUGAAGAGAUAGAUGAGGACGUCCCUGCGAAAGACGUAGCAUUAGAUACACCACUUGGAGAAGCUGACAUCUACCAACUGUCCCUGUGGCAGCUCAAUGGCCGAGAGAUUAAGAAUGCGGUGCGCAUGGUGCAGAGCUGGUGCGGCCACAAGGAAUAUGCAAUGACGCUGGAUAGGCUGGAGAGUGGAAUAAAAGUGACGAAUCCGCAUGCGUCUAAGGAGCAUGAUGUCGAUGGGGACUUGUACGAUUAG